AUGCGUUCCCUUCUUUUUCUUUCCUUGCUGUUUUUCACCGUUCAAGGAGCAAUUGUUCAACAACCUAAAGCAAUCGUCGUUGAGGCUGACGGCAAGGAAUGGUCACAAGCCAAGCUUGAAAUUGAAGUGAGCCACAAAUUAUUAAAUGUUAUAAUAUUAAGUUUUGCAUUAAAAGUACUAAUAGCUUAACUGCUGAAGCAAAUUUCAUGAACUUUAAUUCUUGAAAUAAAUUUAGUUUUUUAAAAUUUUCUAGUUGUAUUUUUUUAAAUUUUUAAAACCCAUUUUAUCUAAAAUUUAGGAUGCCGUUGAAAAACUGAAGGCCGAGCUUUUUGAAGUUCGUAAGGAAGAACUUAAAGCUGCUGCUUUAAUGCGCGCUUCAUCAGUGCCAAAAACAUUAACGAGUGAAUAUGUCGACGCUGAAGGUCACAAAUUUUUGUGCAAACCAUGCAACUUUUUGUUUGAAACUAUCCGCGAUGAACUAAUCAAAGAAAGCCGUUUGAACUUAGAGAUUGUCCGCCCAAAAGUUGACGUAAGUUAAUACAAAAGCUAUUACAAUACGUACAACACACUCUCGCCUAAUUAACUAAGCUUGUAAGAAGAGAACUUUGAAUGAUUUUAUGUGGUAUAGCCAGCGUUUUGUAACGUUCUCGCUUUUAUCAAACGCCUUAUGAACAACUUUUUACAACAAAAAAUCACCUUAUUUUUUAGGCUGCUUGCAAGAAGUGGAGCCACAACGUCAGCUUUCUGGACCGCGUUUGCGAAAAGCUUGUCGACCAAGCGUUAGUUUCUUUGACUGAAUGGCUCCGAGCCGAAGAAGAAAAAAUCAACCCUGAACGCAUUUGUGUUUUCUUGCAUAUGUGUUAA